AAUAUAUAAUUUAUGAUAAUUUUGUUUAAUAAAAAUAUAAACUUCAUUAGGAUUGAGCUGUUAUACUGUGAUAACUUGACUUUCCUAACACACUUGUUAAUAACUUGUUUUUUAUGCAGAAAAAAAAAAUGGCUUCAUCUUCUAUUGAUAAUACGAACUUAAGAUUAAAGCAAAGGUUUUGUAAUUGUGGAAGAAUAGCUUCCAUGCGUAUUGUACGAACCAAUGCGAAUGGAAAUAAAGGACGUGUCUAUUUUGUUUGCCCAAGAAAAUAUGAUUCGAACGACCACUGCAAUUACUUCAGGUGGUUCGCAGAUGAUGACGAGGACGACAUUACCUCAUCAAUCCGUGCCAAUGCUGACGACGACGACAUUACUUCAAGGCUUGGUGAGCAUGAUAGAAGGCUUCAAAGGAUUGAGAACAUCUUGAAGGCAGUGACUUAUGUCAUUGUAUUUUGUGUGUUUUUGUACUUUUUCUUGUAA